AUGAGAUUUGAUAAAUACACUCUCCUACAAUUGCGAAAUUAUGCGGCGCAAAUGUUUGGAGCUUUUGCAUUUUUCUUCUUUGCACUCUAUUUAGGCAACUCACCGUCCCUGUAUUAUUAUGGUGCCGAAAUGGGAGACUACGACGAAAACCGGGAGGAGGAAAUCCAAGAUGCAAUAGAUGCGGACGGAACUAACCAAGAAGAUAUUAGUGUUUAUCUUUCUCAGAAUGAGAAAAAAGAGACGACUUCCAACAACAUAAAUAUUGACAAAAAUAAAAAACUGGCCCCGUUGGAAAAAUCUCUUGUAACGACUCUUUUCGAUUAUAAUCGAUGGAGUAGGCCUUUGCGAUAUAUAGAAAAUCAUAAGUUUAACAGGAUUGAAAAAGAUGAAAAUUCACAAUUUUUCUUUCAAACAUGCGAAAAAACUCCUGGAAGAAAAAUGGAUCUCUUCAGAAGCGAUAGCGAUAAAACCUCCUAUAAUGAUAAUGAAUUGUUUAAUUAUUGGAGCUCGAUUAAUAAAGAAAAACUAAAUCAACUAAGCAAUGAAUUAUUUCAAAAGGCAAAAAUUAUAGAUAGGAAAGAUAAGAAGAAAAUUAAUCCUGCGGAUGUAUUUGACAUUCGAAGGCGAUUAUCGGAUGAUAAGCAGAAACGAAAAUACUUACCUAAAAUAUAUGACCCUUUCAUGAAUGGAGGCUUUCGUGCAAAAUUCCAAAACAACGUUUCACUUCGACUCUUUAUUACAAAUGAAACUGACACAACAAACUCCAUUUUGGUAAAUAAGAUUCAUGGUCUCCUUAUUUCUAAUAAUAGUAAUUCUCCAGAAUUUGACCAGAAAAUAGAUCAAUUUGAUAGAAAAUUAUUAUUAACUAAAAUUGAGUUUUUUGUUAAGUUAAUUAGUAAAUUUUCGGAAAAAUCAGUAUCAAGUUUGGAUUUUGACGCACUUCACUUAUUUCCAGAACAUGAACAAGGAAAAAUGUAUUCCGAAGAAGAAAAAAAAAUCUUUUUUUUCGACGCAAUUCAGACUACUCAUACCAACGAUACAAUUUUCACUACAAGUUUAUCGAGUGAAAUAAACGAAAUACGUAAAGAAGUUCCUCGAUGGGAAUACCAAUUGAUCGACGACAUCGAGGUAGGGCUGGAUCCUACCAUACACACAAAGGAUCCUCAUAUUUGUUGCCGAUUGCCGGGCGAGCAAAUUGUUUUCAGUUGUGAGACACUGUUCUCUAAGACGGAUGAGGCUUACAAUCGGGAUUUUUCGAGGAAGCAUCCGUCAAUAGACCCAAGUCCGGACUUUCGUAUCCCACAUUUUCUACGGGAAAUGGAUUUUGACCGAGAGAUUAUUAGAGGAUCCGUGCACGGUCAAAGGCAUAAAAUAGCAAUUUUGAAACUCUUUCAAGCAAAUGUCCAUUCCCCAAUUUUUGUAGACAACUACCCGUUUGGUGGUCUUUUCGAUGAUAUCGUCCAAUAUGUGAAAGAAUAUUUCAGGAAACCUGGUACUGAUAAUUCGGAAUUUUUGCAGUUUCAGAAAGUGCAAGAAGAGAGACGGAAAAAGGACCAGAAAGACGAGAUUGAAAACAGACUUGAAAAAAUCGAAGAGGCCUGGGAGAGCAUUCUAUAUGAGAAACCUUGGAAUAUGAAUUCAGAGAAUUCUUGUGAUGUAUCUUCUUUGUCACAAGCCUAUGUAUUGUUUAAAUUAUCUCAAAUCCAAGUUAGUAAUGGAUAUAAGUUAAGAUCUAUUUUUGAAUCUCAUGGAAGAUCUUUUUUUAUGAACAAUGAAAUAAAGGAGUAUUUAUUGAGAAUACAAGGAGGACGAUUAAAUUCAAAAUUAAGAGAUAAGAACCGUCCCGAUUCUAUAAUGAAUCAAUGGACAAAUUGGUUAAAGGUUCAUUAUCAAUAUGCUUUAUCUCAGAGGGCAUUGUCGAGAUUAGUACCACAAAAGUGGAGGAAUAGAAUCCAUGAACAGUGGGUGGCUCAAAAUAAGGAUUUAGAUGAAUAUGGUUCAUCUCAAAAAACCCUAUUAAUUUUUUCCAAAAAAGAACAAGUGGACUUCGUAGAAUUAGAAAACAGAGCCAAAGUCGACUUAGUAAAAAUGAAAAAAAUAAAAAAACAAUAUGGAUAUGAUCUUUUCUCCUAUCAAUAUAUAAAUUAUUUGGAUAAGAAAAAAUCCUAUAUUUGUGGAUAUAAAUCACAGUCUUAUAACACACCUAAAAAUAUCAAAGAAUUAUUUGAUAUAAUGGGUGAUAGCUUUAUCCAAAAUUAUAUAGGAAAAGAUGGUAUAGAUAUGGAAAAAAAUAUGGAUAGAAAGUAUUUUCAUUGGAUGGGAAAAAGAAAAAAGAAUUCCAUAACGAAUCAGAAAGUAUUGACCCCAAGAUUUUUUUUUUUUCAAAAGUAAGUGCAUAUAAGAAGAAUCAUUGGAUCUUACCACUAGAUUUCUUUUUUAUGUCGUUUUAUACAAACAGUAACAUUACUCAUAAAACACAGUUAGAGUUAGAAAAGAAAG